AUCACUAGUGUGUAAUGAAUACUAUAUAUAUCAAACAACAAGAUGAUCAUUUGAAUUACCAUACACAAAAAGAAUUUGCAGUCAAGUACAGAGAGUGAAAGAAAGAAGAGAGGAGAUGGCAUCAGCUGGCGUAGAACUUUUGAUCGGCAAAAUAGGUUCAUUUCUUGAAAGCAGAGUGCCUCUGUUAGGAGGAGUUGGUGAUGAACUUCAGCAUCUCAGGAGUGAGUUGCUCACCAUGAAAGCCUUCUUGGAAGAUGCCGAAAGAAACGGAGCUCUCAGUGAAGUUGAGGAAACCUGGGUGGCAAAUGUGAGGGACCUGUCCAUCGAAGUUGAAGACAUCAUUGACGAGUUCAAAUAUCACGAAAAUGAACAGAGAAGUUGGGAUCCAUACACAAGGGCCUUUCGUCAAACUAUUUUCUUACCGUUGAACCUUUGGGAAAGGCAUCGGAUCACCACCAAAUUGCAGAAGCUCAUCAUCAAAACAAUCAGAGCCAUUCCGGAAAGAAACCAACCUUAUGGUGUUGAUCGUAUAGAUGGCAUGACUAAUUCCCAUGGUUACGAUCCCAAUCGAGUCGAAAUCUUCGGAGAGUUAUCUCUUUUCUUUAAAAAUGAUGAACUUGUCGGAAUCGAAGAUGCUAAAGAGAAGUUAGUUGGAUGGUUGCUGUCUGGAGAGCCUCAAACGACUGUAAUUUCUGUGGUUGGUAUGGGGGGUUCUGGCAAGACCACCUUAGUUGCAAACACCUUCAACACUCAAACUGCCAAGUUUGAUUGCUAUGCUUGGGUCACUGUCUCAAAAACUUACAACAUUGAAGAUCUUUUAAGGGUCUUGAUAACAGAACUUUUUACAUCAGCAAGGGAAGAUGUUCCUCAAGACUUGAGCAAUAUGAGCUACACACAAAUGGUGGAAAUUCUGGUCAACUAUUUGCAGCCAAAGAGGUAUGUGAUUGUGCUAGACGAUGUGUGGGAUAUUAAUCUUUGGAGGCAAAUACAUGUAGCAGUUCCAGAUGGAGCACAUGGAAGCCGGAUCAUGCUCACAACUCGGAGAGAAGACAUCGCUUCUUUCUCAUUUGGGGCUGGAUGUCAUGUUCAUCAAGUUCAGCCUCUUAAUGAGAAUGAGGCUUGGGAUCUCUUUUCCAGGAAAGCUUUCUCUAGCCGGCCUGAUAAUUGUUGCCCACCAGAGCUUGAACCCGUUGCUAGGGAUCUUCUUGGAAAAUGCCAAGGCUUACCUCUGGGAAUAGUGGCUUUGGGCUCUCUCAUGUCAACCAAAAGGCUUGCAUCUGAGUGGACGGAAUUUUACACUCGUUUGAGUUGUGAGCUAAGUAACAACCCGUUGCUUGAAGUAGUGAAGAGCAUCUUGUUGCUAAGCUUCAAUGACUUACCUUACCGACUCAAGCUAUGCUUCUUGUAUUUCAGCAUUUUCCCAGAAGAUUACGUGAUUGAAUGUGAUAGGCUUGUUAGAUUGUUGAUGGCUGAGGGGUUUGUGGAACUAGUUGCAGGGGCUAAGCCAGAAGAGAUUGCCGAAGGCUAUGUAACGGAGCUCACUUGCCGAUGCAUGGUACAAGUUGUUAAGAGGGAACCAUUUGGACGGGCAAAAGCGUUCAAGAUGCAUGACCUUUUACGAGAACUUGCUCUUUCAAUUUCCAAAGUUGAGAACUUUUGUACCAUCUAUAAUGAGCAAAAAACGAAGGAUGAUAGCAGAGCUCCCCAUCGCUUAUCAAUGCAAGCAAACUAUGGAGAACUACAGCCACACGGAGACAUGUCAAAGGUUCGCACAUUCUUUAUUUUUGCUCCUAAGAUGACUGAUUCUUCUUCAUUUCAAAAAUUGCCAUCUGGUUUCAAACUGUUAGAGGUCUUGGAUCUUAGACAUGUCCCGAUUGUUCAACUCCCAGAUGAAACAGUGAAGUUUUUUAACUUGAAGUAUUUAAACUUGAAAGGAACAAAGGUGAAAGAGCUUCCGAGGGACAUAGGAAACCUUCAUAAUUUGGAAACCCUGGACAUUAGGCAUUCCAAAAUUAGGUCACUUCCAGAUGGGAUUGUUAAGUUAAAUAACUUACGACAUCUUUUGAUGUACCAUUGCAAUUUUGAAGAUCUUUUUAGGUCUUAUUAUUUCUUUGAUGGCACGCAAGUACCACUUGACAUAUGUAAGCUAAAGAGCUUACAAGUUUUGGAUGCUAUCGAAUUACGAGACGGGUUAACCAAACAACUUGCACACUUGACCCAACUCACAAGAAUGAGCUUAACAAAUGUGAGAGAGGCCGAUGAGGAGGACUUGUGCAAGUCCAUCGAAAGCAUGAGACUCCUUGAACACUUGUUUGUCCAUACAAGUACAGAGGAUGAAGUGCUACACUUGGAUGCAUUGCCGUCAGCUCCUUCUGUACUCAACGCACUUGGUCUAAUUGGAAAAUUAGAGAGGGUUCCGCUUUGGUUUCAUUCUCUUCAAAACCUUACAGCACUGAGAUUGCAUUGGUCAAGAUUAACAGAAGAUUUUCUUCCUCACAUCAAAGCUCUGCCUAAUUUGGCCAUACUUCGGCUAAACAAGGCAUACGUUGGAAAUCAAUUGGUCUUUCAUACAGGAUUCCCAAAGCUUGCUGAAUUGUACCUAAUGGAUUUUCCUCAGUUGAAUGUGAUCGUCAUAGAGAGGGGGGCGAUGCCUGCAUUACAGACACUGGUAAUUACUGAAUGCAUGGGGUUAAAGCAAUUGCCUAAUGGAAUCGAACACCUUACAUGUCUCCAAAAUUUGAGUUUUGUAAGUGUUCCUAAUGAGCUUGUAGAGCGAAUACGCGGAGAAGAAAGCUUGGAUCAUGCCAAGGUUGAGCACAUCUCUGAAAUCAGUUAUCACUACAAAACUGAACAUGGAUGGUUGGGUGAAAGACUGCGAUCCUCUCUACAAUGGGUUGUUCGACCCUCAUCUUCUUCGGUCGACAUUCUUACCCGGGAUGGGCUACCUUUUUUACCAGGUAAUUGACUGAAGCUCAACAAAUUAAGUAGCCGCCACUGUGGAUUGAUCUGUGUUCAUCCCUAAAUUGGAGCAAACCGUUGCAAAAAUUGUGUGCUUUUCCAAUCCAAUGAGAUCAUGUCCAAGACUUAUAUUUUUACCACAUUACGGCUUAAAUGUAAACUAUAUUGGGAUUGCUACUUCUUUUUCUUUCCCAUAAUGCUAUGCAUGUAUUGCUAUUUUAAGAUUGUCGUAUUCCGCAUAUAUAUGUUAGAGACUUCAUUAUCUGUGGUA